AUGAUGUUGGAUAACUGGCGGGUGUGCGGUCUUAUCGGAACUUCCAUCGCACUGGACCAGUCCGUUCCGUCGGUUCUGUUGGAUCUGCUGAAAACCAUUCGGUACCCUUUGAAGGUAACCAUUAUGACUUGCUGGGAAGAACCGACUCGGAAGCAGUUUUUCGACACCUUGAACGAUUGGUAUCUCACUUCGUUCACCGAUGAUCACAUCAGUCAGUUUCCAGCGGAUAUCAAUGAUCAUCAGACCUUCCUGGUGGUGGAUUUGAGCUGCUCAAAUACAAUGGAACUGUUAAAGUCAGCUGGACAGCUGCUCUACAUCAAGUAUCGGUGGUUGAUUUUGCGGUCGGAUUUUCUGGUGGACGGUCACCCCGACGAGGAUACUCAGAUACAGUUUUUCCUGGAAAGUUUGGACGAUCUUCCACUGUUGGUUAGCAGUGAGAUUUUCUUCUUUGUCAAAAGAGGAACAGGUCAUUUUUCGAUCAACCAAAUAUUCAGAAGUGGAGUUGGCAGCUCAUUGAUGGUGGAAUUGUUCGGUACCUGGAUAAAUGGAAGUUUGAUUGAAGAGCGGGAUUUGACCGUGACUUCGGUUAGAAGAUUGAACUUGCAUGGGCAUACACUGCGUGCUUCAAUGGUCGUUACUAAUCCCGAAACGCUGCAGCAUCUCACAGAUUACAAAGAAAAACACAUCGACACUAUCACAAAGGUUAAUUACGUCCUAACGAACAACCUGAUCCAUUACAUGGGGGCUCGGGUGAACUACUCCGUAGUGUCCAGUUGGGGCUACUACAACACCAGCACGAAACGAUGGGAUGGCAUGAUUGGAGAACUGUCACAUCAAACAGCUGACCUGGGGGCGUCUCCUUUGUUCUUCACUAGCGACCGAAUUGCUGUGAUCGAGUACGUUGCCAUGACGUCGGCCACUCGCUCAAAGUUUAUCUUUCGAUCACCGAAGCUUUCCUACACGGAGAAUGUUUUCCUGUUGCCGUUUGAUGAUUUAGUCUGGAUCUGCAUCGCUGCUGUAAUUCUGCUGGCAUCGGGUUUACUGGUGGUCACCGUCUUGGCGGAAGUACGCAUCUCAUUUGUUCAAGAAGACCUACACGAUGCCACGCUUCUACAACCGACCUUCCGUGAUACUUUACUCAUGACCUACGGAGCGACCUGUCAGCAGGGUUCGUCCAGUCUGCCGCGGAGUUUCUCCGCGCGAACAAUCACCUUGAUAACCUUCACCGUUCUAAUGUUCCUGUACGGGUGCUACUCGGCAAACAUUGUCGCUCUGCUGCAGAGUCCAUCGACGAAGAUACGCACCCUGGAGGACCUGCUGGCGUCCCGGUUGAAGUUCGGUGCCCAUGAUACGGUGUUCAAUCGGUACUAUUUUUCCCACGCAAUGGAACCGACGCGACAGGCGAUCUACGAACGCAAGAUACGGCAACCGUCUGGGUCGGAGAAUUUUAUUCCGCUCGAGCAAGGAAUCGAUCAGAUCCGGCAGGGUCUGUACGCGUUUCACGUGGAACAGGGCGUCGGGUAUAAGGUUAUUAGCGAGACCUACCAGGAGGAUGAGAAAUGUGGCCUUCAGGAGAUUCAGUAUCUGCAGGUGAUCGAUCCGUACUAUGCGAUCCAGAAGAAUUCGUCUUUUAAGGAGCACGUUAAAAUAGGGUUGUUCCGGCUGAACGAACACGGUAUUCAAUAUCGCGAGAAUGCCAAUCUGUACACCAAAAAGCCAAAGUGCACCGGUGGCGGGGGUAAAUUUGUGCCGGUCAGUCUGGUGGACACGGAACCCGCUAUUCUGGUGAUCGUUUGGGGUGCCGGAUUAUCUGCGCUGCUUUUUGUGGUCGAAAUGAUUUGGGUGCAGAUUUUUAAGCGUUUUGUGUAUUGGAAAGAUACUCGAGGGGUGCCUCGAAUUGCCUACGCUAAUUAAUUAUUAUG